UCUCGAGCUCAUGUUCACCACCUAACGCAUCUUCUACGCCGUCCUCGAGAACAACGUCCAGCUUGGCACCAUCAGGGGAAAGCUCCCACGGAGGAUAGGGAGAUGACGGUGGGCUACUUGAACGACAGGGAAGUUCAACGGCCCCUGUGAGUCGGCCUGCAAGUCGAGCGAGUCGACGAGCCUCGCACUGUUCCAGCUGCUAUGGACGACACCAACUGCAACAGCUCGUUUGCGGGCAAUACUGACAAUGAGGAUGGCGUCAUGGUCGCGCAGUGCAUUAGGAUGGAGUCGAUGCUAGCGCCGGAGAGUAGCCUGAAGGCUGUGAAUAUAACUGGAUUUACUCGGGCAGUAUCUGAGAUUCACAAGAUGAUGAAGACAUUGUCAGGUACUGUCCUUGGCUUCUUCCCCUUUCAAAAUCGCGGCCUCCUUAUUCUGUUCCCGUUCAGACUGAAUGUAUGUUGCUCCCUUAGGGGUUGUUCUAGAUCCAACCCGAACCAAGCACCGCGCUCGCCAUUUUCACUACGAUCAAGUGCUCACGAAGAUGUCCAAGAUAGUUUUAGCGGCUUCUGCAUCAGCCAGGACAAUCCAAUGGCGGAUCAUCGAACCUAUCGUUGGCUCCUAGAUCGAUCGGACGUUAUCUACGAUGCAUGCCGUGGGCCUGGGAAACACUCGUCCUCUUGUUUUGGAUUCAUGGUCCAGUAUCAAUGGAGUUUCAGGCUGUCACUGGACAUCAUCAUCAGCCUUUUGUCGAACCAAGCGCGCAUUAUCCUUUUGAGACUUGAACCCGGCUCUGGGUGACAUUGGAGAAUUGCCCAGUGGGAUAGACGAGCACGUUGUUGUAGUUAUUCCCAUACAUGACGAUGCUCAAGUCUCGGGCCCUCAAGAGUUUUGGACUUCUUGCUGCGUUUACUAUCCCUUAAUAUUCUCCCUUUCUUUGUUUUCUUCGAUUUAUUUUUCGGGGUUUUCAAGUUUCUUCCUCUGCGAUAC